AUGACGCCAUUCGUUUCUAAUAUCUACUACCCAUUACCACAACCUGCAUCCCGACAUUGCUGGACAGGUCUACCAGGGUCCACAUUUCCCGUGAACUUCCAAAGCAGUGGCAAUCAGUUUGGCAACAUGCUAGCCAGUCCUGGUGUGAUUCCAGCCUUCAAAUUCCAACCGCGGCGAGAUACCAUCGACUGGAGACGGUUCAGUGCCAUCGACGUGGAGCGGGUGGCACGCGAGCUGGAUCUCGCUACUCUCCAGGAAAGUAUCAAUGGUGUCACCUUUUGCAACCUGGAUGCAGAGAAGUGCCCCUACUGUCAGCAGCCGGUGGACCCUGUUCUCUUAAAGGUCCUUAAGAUGGCCCAGCUGAUCAUCGAAUACCUGCUGCACUCCCAGGAGUGCUUGAGCAUGAGCCUGGCGCUGCAGGAGGAGCAGCACCAAGGGGCCUUAGAAGACCUCAAGCAGCUCAAGCGUGACUUGGAUAAGCAAGCGGAAGAGUUGAAGUGUGUUAAGGAAGAGUGCCGGAGGCGGAAAAAGAUGAUUGCCAGCCAGCAGUUGCUCUUGCAAGCUGGGGCCAAUAACUACCACAAGUGCCAGCUCUGUGACAAGACCUUCAUGAACUACUCCUUCCUUCAAGCCCACAUGCAGCGAAGACACCCUGAGGCCACUGCAGCUGAGAAGGAGAAGAAGAAACAGGUGGAGCAAAUGGAAAGUGAGAUUGAAGAACUGAAGGUCAAGCUGAAGGAGACCCAUGCACAACUGGAGAACGACAGUCAGUACAGGGUUCAGGAAGCAAAGAAUAUUCGCCAAAGAGAUGAGGAGGAAAGGAAAACAUUUGAGAGAUGGAAGGAAGAGGAGAGGACAAAGUUUCAAAAGGAAAUGGAAGACCUCAGGCACCUGUUUCUCACUGAAUUAAAGGAUAUUUCAAGCAAGAAUUCUGUAUUGGAAGGGAAACUUCAGGAACUACAAGUCAAGAAUGUUGUGGUCUCCAAUCUGGGGACAUUGCAGGAUGAUGAUUCAGUCAACAAGCGGCAAUGGAAUAAGGCUCAGAGAGAGCUACAGGGGAUGAAGGCAAAAAUUGAACAACAGAAAACAGAGUGGAAGUGGAAACUGAGUGAACUUCAGAAAGAGUACCAGAUGGAGAAGGAAGGGCUGAAGGGUGAGAAUGAGAGGCUAAGGGCCUCCUUGUCUUCUGACCAGUGGAAAAUGGCUGAGCACAGCAAACAGCAAAUGGCGUCGCUGACUGCACAACUCAGAGAACAAGCCAAGAUCAUCCAAUCUCAGGAGAAAACAAUUAAGCUCCUGUCUUCCAGCAAAGCCAGAGAAAUCCAGGAAGUCCCUAAGGCAGAAAGUCCAGAAGAGUCCACUGAAGAAGAAUUGGAUGAUACUCUGGACAGGAAGAAGAGGAUUCUAGAAGCCCUGAGGCGGGAUCCACACUUGCUUAGGCAGUUCCGGCCAAUUCUGGAAGAGACCCUCGAAGAGAAACUUGAGAAAAUGGGAGUGAAGCGGGGUACAAAAGGUAUCCCAGUUCAAACCUAUAAAAAAUUGAGAGAUGGGAUCAAAAUGCAACAACAGCAGAAGGCCAACACAUUUCCACAUUUCCUUGCCUUGAGAGACAAACUUGAGCAAGAAGUGAAAAAGAGAGUCAGUUGGGGUCAGAAAAAUGAAAGGGACGAGUCCCUGCAAUUCUCUGUCAUCUCAGGUAAUAACCAAAUGAGCCCACCCUCUCCAAUCCAGGUUGCAUCUUCUAAGCAUGGGAAGCAACAAGUGGAAUUACAGCCAUACGCCUCAGAGGGGCCCAAACCAGCUCCUCGGAGCAAAGUUAGCUCCAUGGCUACUUCGAUGGAGACUCCCAGGUUACCUUCUCCAAAGCAAGCCAGGCGGAGCCCAACUUCCCCUCAACACUCUGCUGUCCAUCAUCCCAGCACUUCACCUUUCAGCUCUGAAGAAGAAGAGUCUGAGAAAGAAUCAAGCUUUACAUCUCCAAAGCUCACGCCCCUCAAGAGAAAGCCAGAAUCUCCCAGAGUAGCACAGAUUGAAGUGAGUGAGUGGGAUUCGUCUGACAUAGAUUCUCCCGAGGAGAAAGGCAGCUCAGGAAUGGUUCUUUCAACUGCAGCAACAACUCGUUCAGAAACACUGGUGCAGUCAAUGGCUAAAAAUCUGGAGAGGACACUGAGUGCUCCUAGAAGAAAGCCUCCUGGUGGAGUGAAGCUCUUUUCCACCCAAACUGAAAAAGUUCCUACACUCAGCCACUCAACUAAAAAACUUCAGUUUGUUGAACAAGAGGACAGUGACUUGGAGAUUUCUUCCUUAGAGGAAGUCUCCCGGCAUCUUGACACCGAAUCCAAGCUGAAGAAGCAGCAAGAUGCAAGGAGCAGCAGGGACCUGCCUGGGGCUCAGGGGACUGGCAUCUGGAGCUUCAGCAGCCCAAGGGGUGGCGCCUGGUGAUUCUUGGAUUUAGCAGAGCUGUGUCACACCACAGAAUCCAGUUGAGAUGGAACAGCACCCCAUGGCAAGCCCGCAAACAGAAACCUGAAGCUCACAAAGAAAAGGAAGGGAAUCAAAACAUUCAGAGAGAUACUGAGAACAGGUUC